AUGAAAGGCACCUGGGAGCGCAUCGAUCUGCCUCCGGUGCCUCGCUCGUCCCAUUCCCUUGAUAUCAUCUCGGGCUGCGCCUACAUCUUCGGCGGCGAGACCAACACCCACGAGACCGCCGACAAUGACAUGGUCGAACCCGCAGAGAAAGAGAGUGACGACGAGUUUGAAGACGCCGAGGAGGCAGCGAAGCCGACGGCCGCGGACAAGGGCAAAGGGCGGGCUACGGACGACAGACUGGGCCAGGUCCCGCCGCCCCGAGUCGGGCAUGCAACCGCCGUCAUCGGAUCCCGCAUCUUCCUGUUCGGCGGCCGAGGCAGCGACAUGAAGCCCCUCGACGAAGGUGGCCGCGUCUGGGUCUUUGAUACUCGCACCCGUCUCUGGACCUACCUCGACCCCGUCCCGGCUGUCAAGGGCGGGUCCAUCAUCCCUCACCCGGCACCACGAUGCUAUCACAGUGCCACUGCAACAGAUCGGCCCCGCGACUUUGCGCCUCCCCCGCCGACGAAGCCAAAGUCCUGGCAGGAGUGGGCGCUUGGUGAUAUCUCCAAGACGGGCAUCCCGCAAGAUCCCGUUGUUGGUAACGUUGCCGAGAGUGCAAUUGACGAGGAAACAAGCGGCUACGGCACCUUCUUCGUGCAUGCCGGCUGUCUUGCCAGCGGUGAUCGUACCAGUGAUCUCUGGGCCUUUGACGUCCACUCGCGCAUGUGGACUGAGCUGCCUGCCGCGCCGGGACCUGCUCGCUCAGGCACCUCGAUCUGCAUCAGCAAGAGCCGAAUCUUCCGCUUCGGUGGAUACGACGGACAGAACGAGCUCGGGGGCCAGAUUGACUUUUUGCAUCUCGAGGUGGAAAUGUUCGACGACCGCGUAACUCGCGGCGAGGUGGCUGUUCGAGCCCGCGGCAGCUGGCAGUCCAUCUUGGAGAACGCUCCCGAGGCCUCGUCGCACGAAAUAGCUUCAGAGAACGUCCAGGCCUGGCCCGCGCCACGAAGCGUCUCAUCACUCGAGGCCAUCACCUUUGGUGGCGGCACCGAGUACCUCGUGCUGACCAUGGGUGAGGCAAGCCCUGGCACAGAGGGCCACGCCGGCAAGUCGCACAACGACGUCUGGGUGUUCCAGGUCCCGCCGGUGGGCAUGACCGCUGCGAGCUUCACUGCGGCCAUGUUCUCGGCUGUGGGACGCAAGACGGGUGAGGGCAAGUGGACAAAGGUGACCAUGGUGCCUUAUGACGACGAGGUGCUGGAGAUGCCGAGGGGACGGGGUUGGCUGGCGAGCGCGCCGAUGUCUGAUUUGGAGGAGACGGGCAUUGUCAUUUGGGGUGGAGUGGAUGAUGUCAACAGGCGGCGUGGCGAGGGAUGGAUCUUGCGGCUUGCUUGA